CUCCCACCGGAAGUGCAGCGUUUGCCUCCUGGGCUUCGUGGGUGACUUGAGGUGCAGUUGGAAGGUUCUGUGGGGUCGGGCCGGGUUGGGCUCUAUCCUCUUACGUUUCGAGUGGUUCGAAAGGCUCCAGAGCGCCGUGUUCACGCGGUCCCGGGCCGGUGCGCGACUCUUCUGGCCGCCCAGCCUGCCGCAGCCCCCAGCCCGAAACACCGCGCCGGACUGUCACGCAAUUUAGGACCUCGAGCCUGUGACAAUGGUGUGCAUUCCUUGCAUAGUCAUUCCAAUUCUGCUCUGGAUCUACAAAAAAUUCCUGGAGCCAUACAUAUACCCUCUGAUUUCACCUUUUGUUAGUCGUAUAUGGCCUGGAAAAGCUGUACAAGAAUCCAGUGAUAAAAAUAAAAGCCAAGUAGACUGUAAGGGUGCAGAUAUAAGCGGAUUACCAACAAAAGGACCACCAGAGAUCUCUGAUAAAAAGAAAGACUAAUGCCAUUUUCCCACAGGAGCUCAAUUGUUUUAAAAAUGGACCUGACAAUAUGAAGCACCUUCUUUGUAAUUAUCUCUGACCUUUUUCUCUGAGACCAGAAUUCAGGGUAGACAGUUUAGAUAUUCACCUGAUACUAAUCAGGAAAUGUAUUUAUAUUUAAAAUACACUUAAUUGUAUUUAAUGACCUCAUUCCUAGUUCCUUGUUCAUUAAAGUAGCUCAUUUCCAUUAAUGCCAUUUUUAACAGUAUGAACAAAUUGAAGGUUUGUGCAGUAGACACUUGGUUACUAAAUCAGUACUUACAAUCCUUGAGCCUCUCACCUAUUUUCAUAUGAAUUUGACUGCUAUUGUACUCUAAUUUCUGUGUACUUUUUAAAUUUGAGUGCUAUAAAUUAUACCAUGAAAUGGAUGACAGUGAUAUGAAACAUAAAGGUAUAAUUACUGUCCAACAUAGUGAAGCAGUUUGUUCAUGAGAAUGGUAGUUAUUAUUUAUUGCUCUGGAAAAGAUAGGUGAAAAUAGGAAACUUACUUGAAAAAUGAAGCAUCUUCUACACAAAUUUCCAUUGUAUAAAUUCUUUGUUGCAUUUCUUCCUACAAAUGUAUUAAACAUUCAGUUUAUCUAGUG